AUGCCCAGCGCAGCGCGCAGGGACGGCGGCGCCCGCGCCCGGCGCAGCGGCGGGUCCCCCCGCGGCGCCCCGCCGCCGCUGCCGCCACCCGAGCUCCGCCGCUCCGCAUCCUUCGGGCGCCGCUGGCCGGGAGAGCGGGGUCCGCGGCGCGGCACUGCCACUUGCUACAAGGAUAGGCAGGGCGAGACGGGCGGAGCUGCUGCCUGGGAGCCAGUACUCGGCUCUCUGACGGAGACCCUCCACACACGCUCCUGCGCCCGGGGGCGGCUGCUCCCCGAGCGGCUCCGCCACAGGCAAACGACCGACACCCCUUCGCCGCCAGCCCUUAUAGGUGUAUGCCCGGCAGCGGUCGCUCUGUGUGGCCGCCGCGCUUGUCAGUCAGCCGGCAGCCAUUCACGGGGCAGGGGAACGGUGCCGUGCGGUGCGGAGGGAGGCGGUGCCGCUGCCGCGGACCGGCGUCGAGGUAGCUCCUGCACCUGCCGCUGCUGCCGGUUUGGCUUGACUCGGCUCGGCGCGGAGGAGCCGGUCCCUCGUAUCAGCAGUGGCUGCGCUCUCUCCUCGGCACUGGGGUGGGGGUCGCGGGCAGGGAACCGGCCCCCGGGGAAGACCCCACCAUGCAGUGCCCGGGGCUCGCCCACGGAGUGUGGCAGCGGCACCCGCUGGCCGGGCGGGGAGCGGCGCCUACGCGUCGAAGGUGAUCUCGGGGGAGCUGCCCGUCAGCCGCCGGUGUGCGUGGAGAGGAGGCAGGUGCUGGCUCUCCAGAAUCUCCCCGCUCCCGCAGCGCUGCGGGGGUGGGACGGGAGAAGCCCGGCGCUCCGGGGGAAGGCAGCUACAGCGAGAUCCGCAGAGUGUGGGCUGGGUGGCUGUCAGGGCUGCCUGCUGCCGUGCGAGGAAGGCGCUCUCGCCUCCGGCAGCUUUGGGGAUAAGCGGCAGGGAGGUAUGGGCCCGCUCCUCGGCUUCCCCAGCAACGCGUGGGCAGCCUGGCAGCCCUGGGAGGGAGGAGGGAGGGAGGCCUUGGGCAGGGAACGCGGCGGCUGGGUGCGAAUGAGUAACUGUCUUCUGGGGGCUUCGGGGCCACAGUCCAUGUUCCGUGCAGGUGCUGCCGUGCUCCCUGGGCUCCUGGGGUGGGCUGCCCCACAUCUGACCCGGAACAGACCGAACAUGGAAUACGUCCCACCAAAAUGGGAGUGGGGCUGCGCCCCCUCCCAGCUACAGUGGCUGGCUGAUUCCUCUGCUUUCAACCGUGACCUGCAGAGCGGCUGUGUGGAGCUGAAGCAAUGCAGGCAGAUCGGACAGCUUUCCUCCCGUGUUGCUGAAACCACCCUGGAAAAAAGCAGCUGUUUCACAGUUGAAAAGGAUCUUGAGUGUUUUUAAGAAGAGUUUACUUGUACUAAACAUUCCCUCAAGUGAAGAGGCUGUGAGAUUAUUUAGAAGCUGCAUAUAGUGAACGACUCAGAAGGUGAUAUUUACAGUUUAGCACAGCACGGGGAAUCUGUGCUUCCAAGUCUGCGCUGAACAAACACCUGAAGAUGCCUUGUUUGCUGUGGAUAAGUGAGAACCAGGGCUUUUGACAGGAGCAGCUGUCAGGACUGAGCUAAACUAACAUGGGAUCAGCUACACGGGGAGCUAGCAAUGGCAACAUAAAUAAACAUUUAUACUUUUUA